UUUAAGAGUGAGAAAAAGAGGGAAUGAUUGAGCAAAUCGUCUCGUUAUUGUACGUUUUGCUCUUACCACCUUCAAUGCGCCUGUCCCCACUUUUGUCUGUUACCUUCUUCACUCCCCAGCUUCGUUGGCCUUCAUACUUUAUCCUCAUUUUAAUUCCUUCUUCUCACAUUUCCCCCAUCUUCCAUUCUACCUCUGUUUUCGUGUCCUUCGUUUCUUCUGCUACUGGGUUUUUUAAAUCAGCGAUUUCGUUGUUUUUUUAGUUCUAAUCCGUGUUGGGUUUUGGUUAAUUUUGAUGGAACUGUGAAACUUGGUUGAUUUUGAAAUGAAAUUAGUAUGGAUUUGAGGAUUUUGUAGUUGGGUUUUUUUUUUUUUUCGGUGGAAUUGGUAUUUCUGAUUCAUUUGCUCAAACCGAGAAGCUCCAUUGGUUCUGAGUUGAAAUCGUAUUUGUCUUUGUUGUUUAAUGGAUUUUGAGUUGAAAAUAUUACUUUAAUCCCUUCCUCUCACAUUUCUCCAUCUUCCAUUUUACCUCUGUCUUCAAGCUUCUUCUUCGUGUUCUUCGUUUCUCUGCUUUUGCGUGUUGUCUUUUUUCCGUUCAGUCCCUGUGAAUUAGCGAUUUCGUUGGUUUGAUUAAUUUUGAUGAAACUCGGUUGAUUUUGAGAUGAAAUUAGUGAGUGUGGAUUUGAGAAUUUGUACUUGUGUUUCUUCGUUUUCUGUGAAAUGGGUAUUUUGAGUUGAAAUCAUCUUGAGUUUAAUCCAAUUAGAUUUCACCAUUUCUAUCUCGAUUAUUUCCGAUUUUAAUCUAACAAAAAACUCGUUGAUCGAUGGCCGGAAUGUUACCCGGAGUUGAAUGUGCUAGAAGGAGGCGGUUCCACCAGAGCAUAAACUCAUCGGACUCGCCGUUCACGGCAGGGAAAUCAGGAUCUACAAGAAGACCAUCGUUCUGUUUGUACACAAGCAACCGCGAUUUUCAUCUAAUUUCAUCAUCUUCGUCACAGCAACGGAGCUUAACGAAUCAAGCUUAUCAGAACGAUAAACUUGGUGAAAUUGCAAGAGAAGCUAAGGAACGGUUGGAUGAGAGGUUGAGGACUCACCGAAAACCUGAAAAUUCAAGGAAGAAAAACAACAAUGAAGAAGUAAAGGGGAAGGAAUCAAGAGAAAAAAAUAAUGGUGAGAAGAAAGAGAUGAAGAAUACAAAAGGAAAAGAAGAAGAAACAAAGAAAAGGUUUAGUUGGGGCCGGAAGCUAAUGAAAUGGAAAGCCUCGGAGCAAGAAGAGUGCAGCGUUUGUCUAGAACGGUUCAGACUGAGCGAGCCACUGCUCCAUCUUCCAUGCGCCCAUAAGUUCCAUUCCACUUGCUUGGUCCCUUGGCUCCAAGCCAAUGCCCACUGCCCUUGCUGCCGCUUCCCUAUAGCCGUCCCCUCCCAAUAAUAAACCUAACUCUAGAGUUUUAUAUUUGGUUAGAUGUCAAAGAGUUGCGUUAAUGACGUAUAAAUGGGUUAAUGAUCCAAACAUCCAUGGUUUAAAAUAUACAAUACACCAUGGUGUUACUAUUAAAUUAUAUAUGACAUUAAAUAAUUGAAAUAACAUUUUAGUUAUGGAGUCUUUCAA